UCUGGGGCCCGGGGCAGGCGUGGUGGUUAAUCGACUCCUGCACGCUGCGAGAGGCGCGCGGGGGCCGAGGGUGGAGACGGAGGGACGGGACUAAGGGAGGACGGAGGGACAACCUCAGCCCCUUUCGGGGUGUUGUGCUUUCAGUCUUGGCAUCGGGAGGGAGACGUCUUCACCCCCGGCCCUUCCUGUUCCUCCCUUUCCCCUAUCCACCGCGCAGCCGUCUGCCUCUGUUUGUCCAUUUUUGAGGCGUGGGGGAGGGGUGGAGCUGGGUCGGCCACAUCCCCGCUCCGCUCACUACCGCGGCGACAGCGACGCGGCGCAGCUGCUGCGGUCAGUGCGUUCGCCGUAUGGGUGUGUUGGUGAUCCCAGUGCCGGUGAGCUCCAGAGGGCUCAGCGACUUGCCCGAGUGUACACAAGUGGAAAGAAAUGGAGCCAGGACGCUCUCACGCGCUUUUGGGUUCCGCUCUCCCCGGUCAAGUGUCCGGUUCAGAGACCUGGAGUUCUUUCUCAUUGUUGGAAUGGAUCAGGUUAACAAAAGCAGACUUAUCUUCCAGAGGGCCGAGAGGCUGUUUUGUCAAAAGGUCUUGGAGGCAAGUUAACUAACGUGACUCCAGUGUCCAGGCGUGAGCUGUAAGCUUCAAUGACAGUAACUUUGGUAGUGAAGACCCCCUCAGGUUCCCAGGAGAUGGACUUGGAAGCAGAGAACCAUGAAGUAUGCAACGACCACAGGCAGAUGAAGCAUAUUCCAUUGGCCCCGCUCCCUCUCAGCAGAGCUACCUUUCUAUGGAGAAAAUCAUUCACGUGGCCAAGACCUCUGCUGCCCAGCUUUUUUUCUGGAAAGGUGAUAUUGUCAGAUAGUGAACUGAAGAUAAAUGAGGCUAUCCAUCCAGGAUAUGGUUUUCUUUCCGAAAACACGGAAUUUGCCGAACUGUGUAAACAAGAAGGAAUUCUUUUUAUAGGUCCUCCUUCAUCUGCAAUUAAAGACAUGGGUAUAAAGAGCACAUCCAAAUCCAUAAUGGCUGCUGCCGGAGUGCCUGUUGUGGAAGGUUAUCAUGGCGAGGACCAAUCAGACCAGUGCCUGAGGGAGCACGCGGGGAGAAUCGGUUAUCCUGUCAUGAUUAAAGCCGUCCGUGGUGGAGGAGGGAAAGGCAUGAGGAUUGUCAGAUCCGAAGAGGAAUUUCAAGAACAGUUAGAAUCAGCACGGAGAGAAGCUAAGAAAUCUUUCAAUGAUGAUGCGAUGCUGAUUGAGAAGUUUGUAGACACUCCAAGGCAUGUAGAAGUCCAGGUGUUUGGUGACUACCAUGGCAAUGCUGUGUACUUGUUUGAAAGAGACUGUAGUGUACAGAGGAGGCAUCAGAAGAUCAUUGAGGAAGCCCCAGGGCCUGGUAUUAAACCUGAAAUAAGAAAAAAGCUUGGAGAAGCUGCAGUCAGAGCUGCUAAAGCUGUAAAUUAUGUUGGAGCAGGAACUGUGGAGUUUAUUAUGGACUCAAAGCACAAUUUCUACUUCAUGGAAAUGAAUACAAGGCUGCAAGUGGAACAUCCUGUUACUGAGAUGAUCACAGGAACUGACUUGGUGGAGUGGCAGCUUAGGAUUGCAGCAGGAGAGAAGAUUCCUUUGAGCCAGGAAGAAAUAACUCUGCAGGGCCAUUCCUUUGAAGCUAGAAUAUAUGCAGAAGAUCCUGACAAUAACUUCAUGCCGGGGGCUGGGCCAUUAGUGCAUCUCUCGACCCCUCAGGCAGACCUUUGCACUAGGAUUGAAACUGGAGUGAGACAAGGAGAUGAGGUUUCAGUGCAUUACGACCCCAUGAUUGCGAAGCUGGUUGUAUGGGGUGCAGAUCGCCAGGCAGCCUUGACAAAACUGAGGUAUAGCCUUCGUCAGUACAAUAUAGUCGGACUGCACACCAACAUUGACUUCCUCCUUAACCUGUCUGGCCACCCAGAGUUUGAGGCUGGGAACGUGCACACAGAUUUCAUCGCUCAGCACCACAAAGAACUGUUUCCCAGUAGGAAGGCCACAGCUAAGGAGUUUUUAUGCCAGGCAGCUCUGGGUCUCAUCCUCAAGGAGAAAGCUGUGUCUGAUAUUUUCAACAUUCAGUCACAAGAUCAGUACUCCCCUUUUGCAUCCAGCAGUGGAAGAAGACUGAAUAUCUCUUACACAAGAAACAUAACUCUGAGGGAUGGUAAAAACAAUGUAGCCAUAGCUGUAACAUAUAACCAUGAUGGGUCGUAUAGCAUGCGGAUUGAAGAUGAAACUUUCCAAGUCCUUGGUGAUCUUUGUACUGAGGGAGACUGCACUUACCUGAAAUGUUCUGUUAAUGGAGUUGCUAGUAAAACUAAGCUAAUUAUCCUGGAAAAUACUAUUUACCUAUUUUCCAUGGAAGGAAGUACACAGAUUGGCAUUCCAGUCCCCAAAUACUUGUCUUCAGUGAGCUCAGUUGGAACUCAGGAAGGAGCCGUAGCUCCUAUGACGGGUACCAUUGAAAAGAUAUUUGUGAAAGUUGGAGACAAAGUAAAAGCUGGAGAUUCUCUAAUGGUUAUGAUUGCCAUGAAAAUGGAGCACACCAUAAAGGCUCCAAAGGAUGGCACGAUCAAGACCAUGUUCUACAAAGAAGGUUCUCAGGCCAACAGACAUGCUCUUUUAAUCGAGUUUGAGGAAGAGGCAUCUGACCAAAGAAAAGCAAAAUAAACUCCGUCAAAGAAAUGCCCCGUUAAGCAGUAUCUUCAGUAUAGUAUCUACGCGAAAAAGAGAAAGUGCCUUCCUGCUUUUCUCGGAGUCUAAUAAGCAGCAGUUUUACUAAAUGAUUAUUAUUAAACUAAAACACAUUUUUAUCUUUGAGAAUCAUGUACUUGGGUCACCACUACAAUAAAUUAUCUCAAAAUAUUUCAUACUAAUAAAUUGUAUUUUAUUGGAA